AUGCCGACUUUGGCAUCUGACAUCCAGGCGAACAGAACAAUGAUUGCCUUCCAGGGAAUCUCAGACUGCGGCAAUCGUCUCCCCGCGUCCAGCUUACUUUUCCCCGAGUCGCAUUUGAACCACAUGCUCAACGUCACCGCCCCCACUUGUGCCAUCCUGUGA